AUGCGACUCGUCCCCGUCUUACUAGCAUUGUCUAUCACGGCCACCGGCGCCAUCUCCCAAUCGUGGAACUUCGUCAACUACGGGGUUGGGGGCGAUCAGAAGAUCGUUAGCUUUACCGGUUCGAUGGUGGCACCCACGCUCCCUCGCGCCGGAACCUACUUCCUGUGGCCAGGACUUCAACCUGAUGACGACAGCGGGGUCUUCCAGCCUGUCCUAGACGGCCGCUCAGGCGGUUGGUGGUUCGGAAUGGGGUGGUGCUGCUCCAACCCGUCGCUGGCAUGGGGAGGCGGUUUCGGCGUAGAUGCCGGAACUGUCCUGUCUUUCAACUGGACUCUGCCUGAAGAUGGCGCCAAUUGGUUGACGACUGUUGGGAAUGGCAAGACCGGAGAGCUAGUCAACGGAGAGUUUCCUCUUGGGGAUAAACGGUUCAAUCAGGCGAUCCUCGCAAUCGAGAGAUAUGACGUGCCUUGGGACUUUGGUCCGCUCGAGUUCAGAGACCUCAGGAUCACUGCCACGGGUACUUACGAUGGAUGGUGCAACGAAAACCCGUGGAAUUACCAGGACGCAACUGUGACCACCGUAUCCGGAGUACGGUCCAUCAUCGGAGACAAUCUGGUGACUUGCGUCAUCGAUUCCUUCAUCCUGGCCCGCCCAGCU